AUGAACUUGAUCGUUGCUUUGCUCGUCGUGGCUCUCUGCCUGACGCUAUGCUCGGUGCUGCUUCUGCUGGUCCUGAUGCUGCGUGGUGUUCGCUUCAGCUUGCCGGGGAUAUCAGCAUCGGCGAUCUGGCCCUCACGGGUUGAACGCCCCACCUUAGAGGACGCUGACUACAAUGGGCAGCUGCAGAAGUUCGUCCGCCAGCAGCUAUCUCAAGGAGUGUCUGCAGCUUGUCUCCUAGAUUCUGUCGCCGACGUCGUAGCCCUGAUCCGCAAGGGGGAGCGGGUGCCAGGUCCAGAGGAUGGGCGGGAGGGGGUCUCCGACCUGCUGCCUGGCCUCGUCAGCACAGACUUUUCGAUGCUUCGGGCACGAGGAUGCCUCGGCAUCCUUGAUAACAGCGGCGUGACGAGGAUUGAUCUUGUCGAGCACCCCCCGGAUGAAGUGCUGCCGGAGGCAGAGCUCUUCACCUGGAAGACCGUGUCGAAAGCAAAACUCAUCAAGGAAGGCAAAGUCAAAACCGCGAAGGCCGAGCGCCUCACCCUUUUGACCACCUCAUGUUGCCCGUCGCCUUUCAUCCUUCGCUACCUCGGUUGCUGCCAAACACCGAGAUACCUCCGUUUCCGCAUGGAAGGCUUCGCUGCGAGCCUGCAUCAUAUCUACCAGCGCGAUAGGCUCUAUGGGAGCGAGCCCCAUGCAAGGUACUACAUGGCCAGUGUUGUUUGUGCUUUGCAGCAUCUGCACAACUUGCACAUCGUCUUGCGCUGCGUGAAACCAGAGGAUUGUGUCCUCACUUUCCAAGGCAAGCUCCAGCUGUUUGACUUCCAUUUCUCGAAGAUCAUCGUCAACAAGACCUGGACAACGUGUGGGACACCGGAAUACUUCGCACCCGAGGUCGUCGGCAUGGCGGGCCACUCAUUCGACUAUGACUGGUGGAUAGUGGGCAUCAUGAUGUACGAGCUCUUUGCAGAAGCCUCGCCCUUUGCAGAGCCCAAUAUGAUGGACACCUACCGCAGGAUCACGAAAUGCCAGUACACGUUCCCCAAAUCUGUACCCUCAUCAGCAAGGAAUGUCAUCCGAAAGCUUUUGGUGAAGAAUCCUUCGAAACGGGCACCGGGCGGGGCGAAGUCGCUUGCGAAGCAGAGCUUCUUCCGGCCAGUGUCUGCACCCAAGGAUACAUGGGACUGCCUGCGUAAGAUGGAGCCUCCCUUUACGCCAUCCUACGCCGACGGGCCUUUCACCGACAUCCAGAAAGCCAGCGACGAGGAUCUUGCUGAGUGCUGGGGUGCGCAGACCGGGUCAGAAGACCCGCCCCCCGUGCAGGAUGAGUGGGAGCAGUUCGGGCCAAUUGGGCCCCAUGAUGAGUUUCCUUGA